GUGCCUUGUGGUACUACUUAGCUCGGGUAUUGGCGGGGGACUCAGUGCCGGCCUUCUGGAGCCUGGUUGGGGUUUUUCUGCGGAGUUGUGGGAUCAGUGGCUCGGAAGAAUGGUGAAUGAAUGAGAGAAAGAUCAGGGAGAGAACCGAUGAGACUUUAGCAGCAGGUUUUGUAAGAUGGAAAUGGGGUCGUAGGUUUCUGGGGGCAGAUAACAGAGCUGCGUCUUGUUUUUCUCGGUUGAUUUGGAAUCCUCUGCUCUUCGACCCCCGCAGGGAAACCAUGCCGAAACCCCGGAAGAGGCUCGGCGGGGCUGCGGGGCCAGACAAUAAGGGGCCAGCAGGAAAACAUACCAAGACUAAGAACCCAGCAGGGGCAUUAGCUGCAAUGGGUAACUCCAGCCAUGAGAAGACUUCAGCCUCUAAAAACUGUGGGAAGAAUCUAAGCAGUUACUGGCUGAUGAAGUCCGAGCCAGAAAGCCGACUAGAGAAAGGUGUCGAUGUGAAGUUCAGCAUUGAGGAUCUUAAAGCAGAGCCCAAGCAGACAGCAUGCUGGGAUGGUGUUCGCAACUACCAGUUUACAAAUGGCCUGUGUUCUGGCCAGUGUCUGCAUACCAGUCUGGGUGUCUCAGCAAAGGCCCGGAACUUCCUUCGAGCCAUGAAGCUGGAGCAAGAAGCCUUCUUCUACCAUAGCAACUGCAAAGAGCCAGGCAUCGCAGGACUUGUGAAGAUUGUGAAGGAGGCUUACCCAGAUCACACACAGUUUGAGAAAAACAGUCCCUAUUAUGACCCAUCCAGCAAAGAAGACAACCCUAAAUGGUCCAUGGUAAAGAGUACUUAUUUUUCCUAUUUCAUGAGAGGAAAAGGAUGGACAAAGCGAGGGAGGAAGGUGGAUGUACAGUUUGUUCGGAUGAUGAAGCGUUACAUUACUCUGGCUGAGCUCAAAACCCAUUACCAAGCUCACAAAACCACUGGAGGCCCCUUAAAAGAUAUGGCUCUUUUCACUCGCCAGAGACUCUCAGUUCAACCCCUGACCCCAGAGGAGUUUUAUUUUAUUUUGAGCCUGGAGGAAAAGGAGCCAAGUUAACUGGGACACUGUUGCUGGAAUGGGCAAGACAUUACUCCAAAGAAGUCAAGUUUUUCUAAGACAAAAGAAGGUGGCUUGCAUGUUACGUUCACCUGGGGUUGUGUACGUAGAUGGUUUUAUGUACCUUUUCCAAUAAAACAUUAAUAUCAAA